AUGGCUCGAAAGCGUCUUACAGAUCUCCCAUCAGAGAUUCGUCAACAAAUCUUCGAAGAGUGCCUCAAGGUAGAUGGCGGUUAUGCCUACAACGCGCAAACCGAUAAACUGACCAAUGCCGAUCAAGCCCGUACCCCGAUCGACCUCUCCCUUCGAUACACAUGCCGUUCCAUCGCAAGAGACACGGCCACGAUUCCCCUGGCGGUCAACACUAUUUAUUUCUCAACCAGCGAUGACCGACGCAGCUUAGCCGGUUGCUUCAACCUCGUUGCUACUGCGUACUACAUUCUAGAGCAAGACUUUGUCUUCCACCUCGCCGAGUUUAUUACUCCGGAAAUGUUCGCCCAGAUCGACGCCAAGUUUCCAAGAUUCAGGUCUAUGUUUGAAUCAGAAUUGGCAAUUCACGACAUCUGCAAUCCCGUAAGAGACAGGCCCCGCUCGACGACAGAGCUUGUCAAUAGAAUACGACCUUCCUCCUGCCGCUGGGUAGAAUCCUUUUUCAGACAGAACGUCGACAAUCCCGAUGUCUAUGGUCCUUUUGCCUAUGUCAGCUUUGCUAGUAUUCAUGAACAAGACUUCAUGAACCCAAGUGGGAGUUUGCCAGGUGACUCACAUGAUAGAUGGCAACAGCAGUCAGGGGAUGUCCGAGAUGCACUCUCGUAUUGUCUGCGUCUCAUCGCUAAAGAGGCACCAAGGGAAUUUAACAACCAGGUACACAAGACCUUGCCCCACUGGGUUGGCAAAUACCAUCCGCAAGAGUUUCUCGGGCUCAAAUUCAACCUUUGGGACAUUCCUUCGAGGGAGGAUGUUGCCCAUGCAUUGGAUCUAUUACAUAUUCAUGACUUUGCGUGGAAGCUGCCAGAACUUUGGACAUACCCUCACCAGUUCUACCGUGAGCUUGGCGAUCCCGUCGAGCCACGUCCAGAAAAUGCCGAAAGAUGCCAAUACGAUGCCGAAUAUGAGAAUCCCACGAGAUUGGUCGAUCGUUUCGAUUACCGUUAUCGCCAUAAAAUAAGAUUCUCUGCUGCCGCUACAGCAAUACGUUUCAUGAGCAGGCUGCCCGCUGAGCAGCGAACCCAGAUCCGCAGGAUCAUAUUGCAUGAAGACUCGCCGUCAGUCAACAUGCCGUCACUCCACGCCCAGGGCUUGGUCCCUUUAUACCAGGAAAACCCACUACUUCAGGUGGAGCGCCGUGUCAGUGUUUUUGGCUGCAUCCAUAGCUGGGCGGGACCGGAAAAGGAAUGGAUGACUCGGGAUAAACCUAGAAGUCUUUAUGGGCCCACCUUCCUCUUGACUCUGGAGUCUUGGCUCAUUGACGCUCUUUCAGUGCGGGAUUUAGAUAUUCCCUCAGGUUCCUUCAUCUUUAAUUUGUGGGGUGGAUCUUAUGGCGAUCUCUGUACCGAGGUCUUCCAAGGGUGCAUUCACAUGGCCCUUGCGGAGGGCCCAGCAUUCGAUAAAUGCUGCGAAUUGGACCUCUUCAGCUCGACUACAAAUCAGUUGUCCGCCACACCAGACAAGUUCUUCCUUGACCCCAGAUUCAGGGAGGCGGUCAAGCACUUGGUUAACAAGACGUCGAUUUUGCGUUCGGAUUUUCACCCUGGGGUCCCGGUAGACCCCAACGUAUUGGUGGAGGAAACUAAAGGGAUGGAUGAUGUGGGACGCCGUAUCUCCAGAUGGGACUAUCACGGAAGAAGUUUUAGCUGCAAAAUUCCCGCUGAUCUAUACUACGAUUUUAUUCUACCUCCUCAGUUCGACUUCCAGACCAGGGAGCAGUAUAUCGAGUCACGGGGAGGAAGGGUCAAUGGACAAGACUCGUAA